AUGAAACCGUUUGGCUUUUCCUUCUUAUAUUUAUGCACAUUGACUGCUGCAUCACCUGUCACCAAUGACAAUCAUGAUUCCUACAACUUGAAGCCUUUUACCAUUAACAUCUCUGACGGUGUUUCUCGCAUGCUAGAGCGUAUUCGAGAUACCGAACUGCCGGAUAAUAUCCCUCAAUAUCCAGGGAAUGAAGCUGGCAUCAGUCUAGAUACUCUAAAAGCCUUCAAAAACCAGUGGCUCGUUGACUUUGAUUGGCGCAAAGAAGAAAAAUCACUGAACAGGUCCAAAAUAGAGAAUCUUGAUGUGCAUUUCAUACAUGAAAAGUCAAAUGAACCGGAUGCGAUCCCACUAAUUCUCUACCACGGUUGGCCAGGGUCAUUUCUCGAAUUCAUUCCAAUCAUAAAAGGCCUCACACAGAAAGCAAAGACAUCUACUGGGAAACGGGUUUCAUUUGACGUGGUUGUACCAUCACUACCAGGCUUCGCGUUCUCAUCCGCUCCAGGAGCUAACUGGACUGUGGACGAUUCCGCCCGUGUGUUCAACACUCUGAUGACAAAAGUCUUAGGGUAUAAGACCUAUGCAGUUCAUGGUACCGAUUGGGGCACAGGCGUAGCGUGGGAACAGCUGAAGGCUGAAAAUAUUACGCUAAAUACACCUCUUGAUCAAUUCGAAGAGCAGAGAUAUGUUGACUGGUCAGCUACGGGGAGCGCGUACUUUAGUGAGGAAAGUACAAAGCCUAAUGAUAUUGGCCUUGUGCUAUACGAUAACCCGAUCGGACAGCUGGUGUGGAUUGGAGAGAAGUAUAUUGAAUGGUCGGAUCCCAAGGCGGGCACCAGCCCAUCCGUGUUGACUCACAAUGAGAUUCUUCGCAUCAUAUCCCUUUAUUAUCUGACCAAAUCAAUCUUGACAUCCGGAUACAUCUACUUCCAGAAUCCUAUCGGCCAAACUGGAUUUCGAUACAAUUAUACGAGGGCCCGCACGGAUGCUCCCAUGCUCUUCAGUGGCUUCAAAUACAAUGUCCAUUAUUGGCCACGCGAAUUAAUUGAAACCGUGGGCAAUUUGGUCCAUUACCGAAGUGGGAAACCUUUGCUCAAGUUACUUGGAUCUCCAAUGUACUAA